CCCUCCCAGUGCCCCCCAGCAUCCCCAGUACCCCUCCCCAGUGCCCCCAGCCCCCUCCCAGUCCCCCCCAGUCCCCCCCAGUCCGCUCCGAUGGGCCGGGGGCGUCUCCUGGGGGGCUGCGCGUGGCUGCUGGGGGGGCUGGCGCUGCUGCAGACCCUCUACCUGCGGGCGCUGCCCCCCCCGCGGGCCCCCCCCCACCUCGCCCCCCGCCGCCGCCCCCCCCCGACCCUGCGACCCCCCCGGGGGGUCCUGGACGCCUCGGGGACGUUCCGGGUGUACCGGGACGUGCUGGGACCCCCCCCGCGCUGGGACCCCCCCGAGCUGGUCCUGGCCACCCACGGCACCCCGGGGCGAGCGGCCGCGGCGCUGGGGGGGCCCUGGGGGGGUCCGCUCUCGGUGGCGGUUUUCGGGGUGCCCCGGGGGGGGUUGGAGGAGCUGCUGGCGCUCCUGGGGGGGCCCUGCCGGGGGCUGCGGGGCCGCCUGAGGCUGCACGUGGUGGUCGCGGCGGCGGCGGCGCCCCCCCCUUGGGCGCUGCCCCCCAGGCCCGGCCCCCCCAAGCCGGGGGGGUGUCGGGGGGCCCUGCGGCGCUUGGAGGCCGCGGACCCCCCCAGCUACGCCCUGGGGGUGCCGUACCCCGGGAAUCUCCUGCGGAACGUGGCCUGGGAGGGGGCGGCCGACGGAAAGGGGGGGCCCCUUUCCGGCCGGGAUGGGGGUCCGGGCCCCCCCGGGUCGGGGGGGGGGGGCCGCUUCGUGCUCCUGGUGGACGCCGACGUGGUGCCCAGUCGGGGGCUGCGCGAGGGGUUCCUGGGGCUGCUCAGGGAGGGGGGGCUGCGCCCCGAAACCUGGGGGGCCGGAGGGGGGGGAUUGGGGGCACCCCCAGCUGGGGGGGUUGCGGGACUUCAGGGGGGCCCCAAUGCCUUGGAGGCUCCAGGGGGGGAUCCCAAAGUUUUGGGGGUUCAGGGGGGGUUGGAGGGUCAGGGGGGUUUGGGGGACCAAAGCUUUGGGGGUUCAGGGUGUUUUGGGAAACCCCAAAGCUUUGGGAUUGGGGGGGAUUUGGGAGAUCCCAAAGUUUUGGGGGCUCCUGGUGGCCUCAGGGUCCCCAACACCCUGGAGGCCCCUGAUGUCCCGGGGGACCCCAAAGUUCUGAAGGACCCCAAAGCCUUGGGAGACCCCAAGGGCUUCUCUGCCCCGGGGGUCCCCAAUGCCCGGGGGGACCCCAAAGUCCUGACGAACCCCAACGUCCUGAAGGACCCCAGAGCCCCGGAGGACCCCAACGGGUUGGGGGUCCCCAACGCCUUGAGUGACCCAGUUGUCCCCAACGCCCUGGAGGUCCCCAAGGGUUUCCAUGACCCGGGGGUCCCCAACGCCCUGGAGGUCCCCAAUGCCCUGAGGGACCCCAACACCCUGGAGGUCCCCAAAGGCUUCCAUGACCCAGGUGACCCCAAGUCCCUGGAGGUCCCCAACUCCCUGGAGGUCCCCAAGUCCCUGGAGGACCCCAAGUCCCUGAAGGACCCCGAUGCCCGGGUGGUCUUUGUCCUCCCGGCCUUUGAGGUGCGGGCUGGGAUGGGGGUGCCGGGCUCGAAGGCGGAGCUGCUGCUCCUGUGGGACGCGGGGGACGCCCGUCCCUUCUACGGGACGUUGUGCCCCCGCUGCCAGGCCCCCACCGACUUCGGGCGCUGGCGGGCGCUGCCCCCGCCCCCCCGGCUGCGCGUGGCCUACGAGGUGCCCUGGAGGGACCCCUGGGAGCCCUUUUACGUGGCCCCGGCCUGGGGGGUCCCUCCCUUCGACGAGAGGUUCCUCCAGUACGGCUUCAACCGCAUCAGCCAGGCCUGUGAGCUGCACGUGGCCGGGUUCCGUUUCGCGGUGCUGGACGGGGCCUUCGUGGCCCACCAGGGCUUCAAGGAGCCCGGGGGGUUCCACGGGGGCCGCGAGGCCGAGCUGGGCCACAACCGGCGGCUCUUCCGGAGCUUCCGCGCGGAGCUGCCCCGGCGCUACCCCGGCUCGGCCCGGCGCUGCUGAGACCCCCUGGGUCACCCUCACCUGGGCACCUGACCCUCCUGGGGACCCCCAUGGACACCUGACCCACCUGGGGUCACCUGAUGGACACCCGACCCUCCUUGGGACCCCCAUGGACACCUGACCCUCCUGGGGACCCCCAUGGACGCCUGACCCACCUGGGGUCACCUGAUGGACACCUGACCCACCUGGGGUCACCUGAUGGACACCUGACCCUCCUUGGGACCCCCAUGGACACCUGACCCUCCUGGGGACCCCCAUGGACACCUGACCCACCUGGGGUCACCUGAUGGACACCUGACCCACUUGGGGUCACCCGAUGGACACCUGACCUUCCUCAGGACCCCUAUGGACACCUGACCCACCUGGGGUCACCUGAUGGACACUUGACCCUCCUUGGGACCCCCAUGGACACCUGACCCAUUUGGGGUCACCUGAUGGACACCUGACCCUCCUUGGGACCCCCAUGGAUACCUGGGUCAUGGACACCUAAGUCACCCUGAUCUGGACACCCGACCCACCUGGGGACCCCCUGAUGGACACCUGACCCUCCUUGGGACCCCCUAUGGACACCUGACCCACCUGGGGACCCCCUGAUGGACACCUGACCCACCUGAGAUCCUCCGAUGGACACUUGGGUGCCUCCGGUCUGAACACCUGAGUCUCCUCUCCACUGCACACCUGGAUCCCCCCGUGCUGAACUCCGGGCCCCCCUGACUUGGACACCUGGAUCCCUUCCAGAGACCUGGACCUCCCCAACGGGGACACCUGAGUCCUCCCUGGACACCUGGGUUCUCCCAACUUGGACACCUGGAUCCCCCCAAAAUGGACACCUGGAUCCUCCAAACUUGGACACUUGGGUCCCCCCAAA